AACCACCACCACUUCCCCACAUCCCUCUCUCUUUUUCUCUCCCACCAUUUCUCCGGUCAAUCAUCUCGCCGGAAUGCUAUCCAUUCCGGCACAGCCGUCCCCGGAGCUCCAGCAAAAGCGGCCCAAAAGCCCAGACCCGCUCAACUUACUCACCUCACUAAAGCAGCUCAUCCACCACCCAAGAACAUGGCUCCUCAUGGCCAUUCUCUCCCUCCAAGUCAUCCUCCUCUUCACUCUCACCACCCGCUCCUUCUCCUCCCGCCAAGACCUCUCUCCGCCGUACACCCCCCUUUCCGGGUCAACAACACCACAACCCGAACCCGAAUGCUCCUCGGGUCGGGUCUUCGUCUACGACCUCCCUAAGUCCCUCAACCUUGAAAUCCUCCAAAACUGCGACAACCUCAACCCCUGGAGCUCCCGCUGUGACGCUUUGGCGAACGACGGGUUCGGCCAGCCGGCGACCGGGAUCGCCGGAGUCGUGCCGGAGAGUCUUGCGCCGGCGUGGUACUGGACGGACCAGUUCGUAACGGAGGUGAUCUUCCACAACCGGAUCAUGCACCACAAGUGCCGGGUCCACGACCCGGAAAACGCCACCGCGUUUUACAUCCCCUUCUACGUCGGACUCGCCGUCGGGAAGUACCUCUGGUCCAACUCCUCCACCGCCCAGGACCGCGAUUUUCACUGCGAGACGAUGCUGAGCUGGCUCCAAACACAGCCUUACUACAGGAGAUCCGACGGCUGGGAUCACUUCCUCACCAUGGGCCGGAUCUCCUGGGACUUCCGCCGCUCACGUGACCCGGACUGGGGCUCCAGCUGCAUCUACAAGCCCGGGAUGCGUAACAUCACGCGCCUCCUCAUCGAACGCAACCCCUGGGACUACUUCGACGUCGGUGUCCCUUACCCCACGGGAUUCCACCCCAGAACCGACGCUGACGUCACCGACUGGCAAUCCUUCGUCAGGAGCCGUAACCGUAGCAAGCUGUUCUGUUUCGCUGGGGCGAAGCGCAGCCUUAUCAGGAACGAUUUCCGAGGUGUGUUGCUGAGUCAGUGUCAGAGCGAGCCGGAGUCGUGCCGGGUCGUGGACUGCGGCGGGUCGAGAUGCUCGAACGGCACGUCGUUGAUUCUCGAGACGUUUCUCGACUCGGACUUCUGUCUCCAGCCGAGAGGGGACAGCUUCACGCGGCGGUCGAUUUUCGACUGCAUGGUGGCCGGUUCGAUCCCGGUUUUUUUCUGGAAAAGGACGGCUUAUUUCCAGUACGAGUGGUUUUUACCGGGCGAGCCGGAGAGUUACUCGGUUUUUAUAGACCGGAACUCGGUUAAAAACGGGACGGCCUCGAUAAAAAACGUGCUCGCCGGUUACAGUAGGGAAGAGGUGAGGAAAAUGCGGGAGAAAGUUAUCGAUUACAUACCGAAUUUUCUGUACGCGAAACCGCAGGAGGGGUUGGAGACGGUAAAAGACGCUUUUGACAUUGCCCUAGAAAGAGUCUUGAGAAGGUUCGAGGAGCAUGGAGAGUGGGGGUUCAAGUGGCAAUGAAGGAGAAGAUGAGGGUAAAAUGGUAAAUGAGGAAAGUAAAUUAUUUUAUUUAUUUUUUUGUUACUAUAAAUCGGGGGGUUUUAGAUAAGGGUUUCCCAUACUGCAGGGGAAAAGCUGUUAUGGGCAGGAUGGGAAAAGCUGUUAGCGGUUAUAUUGGUUACUACAGGGUUUUUUUUGUUUUGGUAAAGAAAAAAGAUAGAGCAAAACUAGUACUAUAUUCUUAGCUGCUGUGAAUUUUCAUCUGUGUUGAGUCUGGGUUGGAUAGGUAGUGUAGUUGUGAAGGCGACGAUUCAGUGAUUCAGUGCCACUACUCAUGGGUGUGGUCCUUGAAUUGUUGGGUUAGAAUUGGGAAGGACAUGGCCUAUGUGAUAUGGACUAGUGUCUUUUCUUUCUCUUUUGUAACAUGUAUAGCAUGCAGUGUAGAAAAAUUGAAUAAUGAAGAUAAUAGAUAUAGAGAUUUUCCCAAUAAGAUGAAAUAAAGAAUGUUAUGUGUUUUGAUC